AUGCCAGCCAUGUGUGCCCUGCUGCUGGCUCUCCUGCUCUGGGCGCCCAUCACUGCUGUGCAGGGCUUCCUUGGUGACCACUGUGAAUUCUACCCUUCCACAGGGCUGUGUGAGAAUGGAGCCACCUGGGACGGAAUAAAGUGUGUCUGUCAAACAGGCUUCUUUGGUUACCGGUGCCAGGCCCUCUUAGACUCCAUCACCAUAGACACCCCGGAGACAGUCAAUGCCACUGUAGAUGUGCUAGUGAAAGUGACUUACAGGAAUUUCACAAAAGACCUGGAAAACACAUCCUCCAAGGCAUACCGGGAUUUCACGGAACUCUUCAAGAAACGGAUGGAUAAGGUUUACAAGGACCUUCCAGAGUAUAGACACGUGAGCAUUAGGAAACUGAGCAAUGGCAGCAUCAUUGUGGAACACGACGUCAUCCUCGAGACCAACUACACUUCAGAUUUUCAGGACGUGUUUAAAAACCUCACUAAGAUUGUAAAGGCCAAGAUUAUUAAUGAAACCAAAAGUCUGUUGAAUGCUGACAAUUGCCAAGGCACCGAAGUCCUGUGCUAUGACGAGAAGGCCACGGUCGUGGCUGAUACCCCACAACUGAGCUUUGACCCCCAGGAGCAGUGCAUGAAGAAUGUUGCGAAGGACUUUGCCCGGUUCUACUACGUGGAUGAGCUGGAAGGGAAGCUGGCCUGUGUGACCAAAUGUACUGCAGGGACGAAGACACAACUGAACUGUAACGAGGGUACCUGCCAACUGCAGAGAAGUGGCCCCCGCUGCCUGUGCCCGAACACGAACACGUACUGGUACUGGGGACAGACCUGUGAGUGGAGUACUAGCAAGAGCCUGGUGUACGGGAGCAUAGGUGCUGUGGCGGUGAUACUGUUGAUCGUGGUGGUUGCCUUGUCCAUCUUCCUGGGCCUAUCCCGGAGAAAACUGUACAGGCCGGAGUACAAUCUGUCUCGAGAGUGGCAAGCAGAAGAAAUCCCUGGAAGUUUCCAGAACAGAGGCAUUUGGGAAGGUAAGAAUCUGAAAGAGGACAGAUUUGGUCUUGGAUCCACCUACAGCCACUUCCAGCCCUCCCUGGAGAACAUGGACCCCAACAUAGAGCUCCACAUUCAGAGGCCGAAGGUGAUAACAGCAGCUCAGUGA